AAUAAUUUAAUCUUAUCUAUCCUUUCUUCGAAAAAAAAUAGUCUACUUGACGCACUGGUAAAAAUUUAGCACCUCCUUAGCUCUAUCCUAUCGGAGAUCACGAAGAAAGAAUGGAGGUGGAAGUAGACACUCCAGAAGACAUGGACCUAUUCAAAGCUGCUGAAAAUGGCGACGCCUCAACCUUCCGAUCUCUCUCAUCUAAAGCACUCUCAAUAGCGCUCUCCCUCACUAACGAAGACCAUCGCUCUCUUCUUCACGUUGCCGUUUCUUCCUCUCACACCGAGGUGGUGAAGAUACUGUUAUCUGCUGAUGCAUCAGCUAGUGUGAUAAACAAUAAAGAUGAAGAAGGUUGGGCGCCCAUUCACUCUGCGGCUAGCAUUGGGAAUUUGGAGAUUGUGGAGGCAUUGUUGAGCAAAGGAGCUAAUGUUAAUUUAAAAAAUGAUGGGGGUCGAACUGCUCUACAUUAUGCUGCCAGCAAAGGUUGGGUGAAGAUUGCUGAAAAACUCAUCUCCAAUGAUGCCAAGAUUAAUAUAAAGGACAAGGUUGGUUGCACCCCAUUGCAUAGGGCAGCAAGUACUGGGAAUUCUGAGUUGUGUGAACUUCUAAUUGAAGAAGGUGCGGAGGUUGAUGCAGUUGAUCGAGUUGGUCAAACUCCUUUAAUGAAUGCUGUGAUUUGCAAUAACAAGGAGGUAGCCCUCCUUCUGAUAAGACAUGGAGCUGAUGUUGAUGUGGAGGACAAGGAAGGGUACACGGUGCUUGGUCGUGCCAUGGAUGACUUUCGAUCUGUACUGAUAGAUGCUGCUAAGGCCAUGCUUGAGUGAUGUAACUAACUAAGUAGAAGAAAAAGAAGAAAACUGUUGACAGUGGAAAAGAGAGCACAAAACAGUUAAAAGGAAGGAUGGUUUUGCCGAAGACCUGUUCCAGUGGAUGAACAAAUUCCACCUGAUAUACAGUCCUUGAGAACAGAACGGAGAGAUUUCGUUAGUGUUGAAAAAAAGUAUGAUUCUGUAAACAGAACAUGGACCUCUUCGCCACAUUUUCUCAAACUUGUCAUAGAAUCGAUCACACAUGGGGUUGCUAUGAGUUUUUAUUUUGAUUGAAUAAACUAACUAGUAGUUU